GCGAGUUGGGGGGGAGGUAAACAAGAUGGCGACAACCUGAGUGGCAAGAGUAACGCGAAGAGUCAGAGAAAUCAACAGAAAUUUUGUCGGGUCCGAGUGAAAUACUUGCUUCAUCAAGGACGGACACACAAGGGACAAAUAACACCUGCAACGGGAACGAGGCUGGUUUUGAACUAGGCGCCAGGCAGUAGAAACCAUGGUGUGACAUGGAGGACACCUGAGGACGGUUCGACAACAUUGGACGGUUCAGUCGACCUCCAGGAGCCUGACUGAUACCAGAGAUCGGAGCGAAACUGCUGCACGCUUUGGCUGUAGAUCUGUGCUUGGAUCCAGUCCAGCUGUCCACACUCAUGUGUUUUGAGAAAACGAUGCUAUGCAGCAUGGACCUUUGGCAGAAAUGCAGUGCUGCAUUGCCUUGAAGCAAGACCGUUUGCCUCUACCCAAGGCUGUAUGGUAUUAGAUUGGCAUAGAGGUGAUCCUGCGUGAAGUGGAGGACAAUAUCAUAGUAGAAUCACAGUUUUUUUUCCAAUUUCCGUUAAACGGCACUCGUCAUAGAUGUAAUUCAUAAUGCACAGUAUAAAGCACUAACUCAGCACUGGACCCAACAGGAUCCUCACCUCCUUUUCUCCUCUUGAGUACAAAGAGCCCUAAUGUUUACAGAUUGGGAUUGAUCACCCACCUCCUCCCUCAACUCUCAGGCCUCACAACUCCAUCUAAAAUGUUCAGUAUUUUGAAACUCAUCUUUCAGAAUUAAAUUUCUCUGUGUAGUGCUGGAAAGUUACCAGUGGAUUACCCCACAGCGGUAUCCUAGCUAUUUGCAAACUUUUUUUUUUUUUUUUUUUUGCACAGGAGACUCUAGCUGUGGUUGUUCGACUAUCAGUCAUGAGUAACAGGGAGCUGCAUCAUCUUGACUAUCUCAAUGAAAAUGAACUGGUGAUGGAGAUGGAUACUUUCAUUCACCGCAUUGACUCUACAGAGGUGAUCUACCAGCCACGGAGGAAGAGGGCAAAGCUGAUAGGAAAGUACUUGAUGGGGGAUCUGCUAGGGGAGGGAUCUUAUGGCAAGGUGAAAGAAAUGCUGGACUCAGAAACACUUUGUCGCAGAGCCGUUAAGAUACUGAAGAAGAAGAAGCUAAGGAGGAUUCCCAAUGGAGAAGCCAAUGUGAAAAAGGAGAUUCAGCUGCUAAGAAGACUCCAACACAAGAAUGUGAUUCAGUUGGUGGACGUGCUCUACAAUGAAGAGAAGCAGAAAAUGUAUAUGGUGAUGGAGUAUUGCGUUUGUGGGAUGCAAGAAAUGCUGGACAGCGUCCCAGAGAAAAGGUUUCCAGUAUUUCAAGCUCACGGGUACUUUUGCCAACUCUUAGAUGGCCUUGAAUAUUUGCACAGCCAGGGAAUAGUUCACAAAGACAUUAAACCAGGGAAUCUGCUGCUGACCACAGACGGGGCCCUUAAAAUCUCCGACCUGGGAGUAGCAGAGGCCCUUCACCCAUUUGCAGAGGAUGACACAUGUCGUACCAGUCAGGGCUCUCCUGCCUUUCAGCCUCCAGAGAUUGCCAACGGACUGGACACCUUUUCAGGGUUUAAAGUGGACAUUUGGUCUGCUGGAGUAACACUAUACAACAUUACAACAAGUCUGUAUCCGUUCGAGGGAGACAACAUCUAUAAGCUAUUUGAGAACAUUGGAAAAGGAGACUACACUAUUCCCGAAGAGUGUGGACCUCUCUUGUCGGACCUGCUGCAAGGAAUGCUUGAGUACGACCCUGCGAAGAGGUUUUCCAUACAGAACAUAAGACAACACAACUGGGUGCGGAAGAAACACCCUCCGUCUGAGGCCCCUGUACCCAUCCCUGCCAACGCAGAGAGCAGGGACCCUUGGCGGAGUAUGACGGUGGUGCCGUACCUGGAGGAUCUGCACGGCUACACGGAGGAGGACGAUGACGAGCUGUACGACGGAGAGGAUGACAUCAUAUACACUCAGGACUUCACAGUGCCAGGACAAGUGGCCGAAGAGGAUCAAGAUAUAGGGAACGUAGACCACAGUCCCACUGCAGCCAAGCCAGUUUGUGUAAACGGGACGGACGGAGGGUCCCUGAACAGCAAGGCCAAAGCCGAACGGCGAUCCUCCUCUUCAUCCAACCCCUCACGUAAAGGGGUCUCCACAGCCAGCAAAAUCCGCAAGCUCUCCACCUGCAAACAGCAAUGACCCCUCUCUCCCCGUUCUCCAUCAACGACAGCCCACCUGGUGGGUCUGCCCUCGUCCUUCUGUGUCCGGAGUCCUCACAGUCGUGACCGAAACCUGCUGAAGUUAAUACCCCCGUACCUCCUUGGACCACCGGCCCCGCAGAGUCCCUCGAAGAUGUGGUGUGAGCGACGAGGAGGAGGAAGACAGCAUGAAAUGUUCUUUUUGCUCUGAGACUGAGGCACUGGCUGCGAAGACGGUGUUUAUUUUGGCUCCUUUCAACUUGUGUCAUCCAGUUCUGUCCUCUUGUCAUUGCUUCUCCUCUCUAUCCUGUCAUCCUCUCCUGAGGGCCCAGUGUUGCACCGGACGUUACAGACACCAUCCCCGACCCCCCCCCACCUCCCCAACCCACCCCCUCCACCUUCUGUUUCAUUGACUACCUUUGUUUUUACAGAACCCUAAUGGCAGUUUUUAAGACACAUUGUGAUGUGUAAAAAUUAAAAAGGAAAAAAAAAACAACAAAAAAAGUUAUGAAUAAUUCUGUAUUUAAAUCUACGAUGAGAAUAAUUAUGAUAGUACCUACCACCGACAUACAAACUGCAUGCUGUACAGAGCUGGAAGAAAGGGAAAGUGCUCGGUUUGUGGAGAGACUGAAGCCUUGAGAUCCGCCGCUGACCUGUUGGGGAUUUUUGAUUUUCAUUUAGGAGUUUUUUUUUUCUUUUACCAAUGAAUAUUUUUUAAUUAUUAUUUAUAUAAAAUAUGUCCCAACCAG